CAUUCUGGCAGCCGUUGGUUUCCAUCCAUGGGAUCAGCCUGCUGAUCGAGGAAGUUGUCCCGCUGUCGACACCUCUUUUCUGAGACUUGGACGGUUCUUGUGCGUUUCUGCGGUUGUUUUGUCUUGUUUUUGUUUUUUGUUUUUUAUAGCCUAAACCUCUCAGCGACACCAUGUCAACUUACACCCCAGGACAGCCGGUGACUGCCAUUGUACAACGAAUUGAGAUCCAUAAGUUGCGACAGGGAGAUAAUCUGAUCCUGGGCUUCAGCAUCGGAGGAGGGAUAGACCAGGACCCUGGACAGAACCCCUUCUCUGGGGACAAGACUGACAAAGGCAUCUACGUGACCAGGAUAACACCAGGAGGACCAGCACAUGAAGCAGGCUUGAGAAUGGGAGACAAAAUAAUGCAGGUGAAUGGCUGGGACAUGACCAUGGUGACCCACGACCAGGCUCGUAAAACACUAACCAAGAAGAAUGAGGACACUGUCCGGCUACUGGUAACCAGAAAGUCACUGGAGGAUGCUGUCAAAAAUUCUAUGGGCACUUACCCCAGACAGUAACACAGUGACGCUACUUAUGACCACAGACUAGUGCAAUAUUCAAGGACUGAACACUCAUACAUUCAGAUGAUGGUGGCCUUCUGAACAUUGAACAACUUCAGUGUAAAAAUAUUAGACAGAACUCGUCAGAUUGUUUAAUGAUAAGCUGACGUUUGCAGAUGCCCAAAUCUUGUUAAGUCAAGUUUUACUCUUUCAGUCAUUGGACAAAGAGAUGGUGCUCUUUCUCUCCACACACACUCAGACUCAUCUCAAAGCUACUUAAUUUGUCAUAAAUCUUUGUAGCUUAUUUACCUGCAGUUUUUAAAAUAUGUAGCAAUCCUAAACUUAAUCAAAUACAUUCAAUCUAAGAAACGUGUUCCAAAUCUCAUGUGAACCUUUUUGACUUACAUGGCGUAAACCCUUUUGCCAAUUCAAAAUGUUGAUGUAUAAAAGGUAAUAUUAAGGUUUAUGAAAGAUGAACGGUUUAUGCCGAUAUUCACAAAAGCUACUGUUGCUUGUUUCAAUCUUUGACAGUAGACUGGAAGACUUUUUAUUAAAUAGAACUUGCAAAUUUGUCUUCAUCAAUACUAUAUGAUAUAUCACAGCAAUUCAUUUCCACAUAGAAGAUAUUUGCCAAAUGUUCUCAGUCCUUCAACAAUAGUUUCAAUAGUUUAGGGGAGCAAUCCUCGUAUUCUUUCCAAUGUUUAUGACAUCUUGUUCAAAAUCAUCUCAGAUUCAUUUUUCCUUAAGCUUACCAAAGGUGUUCCUGAUGGUUGAGAUACAUCACGACUGUUCAUUGCUCUUUAUUGUGCCAUUAAAUAUCAUAGUUUAAUCUCUUAAUCUUUGAAUAAAUGAAAACAAUGUUUUUUGUCAGUCCUGUCAAGAUUACAGCAUCAAAUACCAAAGUAAAAGCCAAGGCACUGUAAAAUGAUCAAAAUAUGUACAGUAAUGUUUGUAAUCUCUUUUUUUACGAUGGUACAGUAUACUGUACAAUGACUGUACAACAAACGAAAUACCUGUAUUCUCAAUGAUUUAAUGCAUACUAAUGUUUUUCACUAAUUAUUCCUUUACUGAUGCGUCUCUGUUCUAUUUAUCUUUCUUUUCACUGAUGCCUAUUGCACAUGGGAAAUUAACAUUUCUCUCUCUGUCUGCGUAACAAAAUGCAUAUUUUCCUCCAAGUAACACUAAUUACAGUAUGACUCAUACAGACAGACCUACUUUUGGAUCAUGGCUAUCAUCUUUAUCAGUUUGCAAAAAGUUGAUCAUUUGCAGGUUUCAUGCAAGUAACCCCAUUAGUGUCACACUGGAAUCAGCUACUUUCAGAUUGUGUCAACCUGGACAAUGUUUUAAAGAUGUUUAUUGUCAAUGACCAAAAGUCAGAGUAGCAACUGAGUGAAUGUUGUUUGACAGGAAUGUGCAAAACUGCCUUAAAUCAAUACUUAAUACCACUGAGCUUAUGUUUGAUUUGAUUUGUUUGUAUUUUACAAUUUGCCAUUCCACUAUGGUUUUUGUGACGCAACAGUGAUUUACUGUCUGUUAUACAGUACAUACUGGGUAACAUUGCAGAUGAGUGAUUUAGUAUUAACUUUAAAAAAUAAUUUGGCUUUGAAAUCUUAGAGGACUGAAAGUGAUAUUACAAUACUAAUCUUGUGUCUCUGGAUGAUCUUGUUGGCUCUUUUAUUGUUAUGCUCGGGAUGUAUAUCAUAAUAUGUUUUCUGUGUGUUUAAAGGUGCACCAUGUAGUUUUGGGGACAAAAUUCAACCUUUUGAUAUUUGCAAUAUUAAUUGGGAGAUAAUUCGAUAUUUUCCCUAGCUGAAUAAACAACCUGGAAAUUAAGGGGAAAGUAAGGUCCCCAGAACACUGUUUAAAGCUAGAAAGGUGGCAGGGUCCGCCAAAUAAAAACAAAGAAAAACUGUUGUUGUCCUUUAAGGUCAGUUUGUUUAUUCAGUCAUAAAAACAAAGACAGAUUGUUUAUUUAGUUUGCUUAGGCUUAAGGAAAAAUCAGUCACAGAAGACCUCUUCAGAUUAAAAUUUCCUCCCCAAUUCUGCAUAGUGCACCUUUAACAGGACCAUUUGAUUUGUUUAUUAUCAACAUCUAACCCAAUAAUGUAAGUUUUCAUUCCACAGUGAAAUAUGAAAAAGAGAGGUAAAUACAGAGUAACAAAGCAGUUAGGAGUCAGCAUUAUGCUGGCAGAACAAUUAAUAAAUGUUAAAGGUACAGUCUGCCUAAAAGAAGUCUCAUAGUGUAUUCUAAUAUGUCAGAAUGUUAAAUCUGUGUUGUCAAAUUUACACUUUUUAAAAAAUAAAACAUUUUGGUAUACUUUCCAGCACUGGUUCCCAAACCUUUUGACUUUAAAAUGAAGCUAUCUAUUUUAUGACCCCCAAUUACAGCUCAGUCCGAGAGCUGUUUUUUGUUUUUCUUCUAAGAUAAUUUCAUGUAAAGGCUUUUUGGAGGCCUCACAAGGUGAAAGUAUCUAGUAUUUUGCAGAAGGACGGUGAACAUUUGAGAAAUAGCUAAAGCCUGGAUUUUGUGCACAUCUUUACCUACUUCUAAGGUGCACAGGGAGUAUUGGAUUUUCUUUAUUGUCAACAAGGAAAGCCCAUUUUGCUCAGGUCAGUAUACAAGCCACCAAAUAGAAAUAUAUAUAUAUAUAUAUAUAUAUAUA